AUGCUGCUUGAGCACUUCAAGAGUAGAUAUGAAAAGUUCACCGACGAGGAAGGUCCAGAUUUGAUAGAAAAAAUUAUCAGCGUUCAUGGUAAAAUAUACAAUCAAGAAGGUGUUGCCACACCAGAAGACAUCACCAGCUUAUUAGACUACCAUGAGGUGCUCACUGAAUGGGUGAGCAACGUAGAAGAUCGUCCAGGCGAGCGAAGAGUUGAGGAGGUCAACUGGGCACUUAGCGAGCUGACACUCAAUCUGCGUAAAAUUCUACGUCCAUGUCGAGCAGUUAGUUAUAUAGAAUCGGAGCCAAAACCCACUCAAACCCAAAAUAAGAUCCUUCAGGCACUCCGGAAUUUUUACUAUCCAGAUUUGGCCAACAAGGAAAGUUCGCAACUCCUAGAAGAGAUCAUCGGAGUUCACAAUAAAGUGGAGAACCAGAAAGGUGUUGCCGAUACAGAAGACAUCAUCAAUUUAAUCAAGUCCCAUCAGAAGCUUAUCCGCUCCGUCCGCCAACAUCCGGAUUUCCGCGAGCCUCACUUUCUAACAGAUGUCACGAGACACUUGUAUUUCGUUAAUGCUUCACGUUUCAGUAUCACCAGUGGCCACCAGAUUGGCCGCGCAAAGUCAAGCGGCUCGCCAGUAAAAUCCAACCCUCACGGGAAAGGAAGAAACUUGGUGAAGUUGAACUCCGAUGAGAAUAUACCAUCGACCAGUACGCCGGCAAAGAAGAUGUUUGACACUCCGGCGUCGUCAUAUUGCGCGUCGGACCGCAAUGGGAAGAGAAAGGCAACGGAACCCAUGGAAACUGACAACGAAGAGAGCUAUGAGAACGGAGGAGGGGAAGACAAAGACGAGGAAGAGGAGCCUAAGGAAAAACCAACUCGUGGGCGACCCCGUAAGGCCAUUCUCAAAGACGCUGCCAAGAGAUUAAAAAAGCUCUGA